AUUAAGAAUAAAUUAAAAAUAAUUUAAAUAAACGAAAACGCGCCAUAAAAAAAAUUAAAAAAGUGAGACCAAGUGUUUUUUAGAAACAUUUCAUAAGAAAUUUCAAUUUUCCAAACGCUCCAUAACUUCAAACUACUCUCUACAGGAGAGUUUUUUUAAAGUGCGUGUGUCUAAAAUGCCACAAGAUAAGCAAAAAUCAAAGAUUUUCAAACAAUAAACAGCUGUUUUAUUGAUUUUGAAUCGCGGAAUUCGCGUAAACUCAGUGGCCUAAAGGAAAAUGCUAAAUUUUCAGCAUUCAAACGCAAUAAUCAUUCCAUUAAGAACGAAAAGUUACUAUUACAAUUAUUAUUUCGCGAAGGUUGGCAACGAUUACACUUACUACGGUUAUUCAGAUCGUUAAAAUUACGUGAAGUACCGGUAUAAUAAGGAAGUGAGAAUCUGGAAGAAAGUGUUAUCAAAAAAAGUGGUACAGAAAAAAUGAAAAAAAAUUAAGGAAAAAUAAUAAAAACAAAUAAAACUAAAGUGAAAAUAAAGAGAAAAAACUAAACUAAAUAAAAGUUUGCUAAAACGAAAAAAAAAUCAUAAUUUAAUACUUUAAACACUUUAAAAUAAAUUUUUGAAUUUGAAUACUAAAUAUUUUACAAAUUCGGGAGUAAUACUGAUCCAAAAAAAAAAUAAAAACCAUCAAACAAUAUCUUAAAUAAAAAUCAUUUCGCUAUCAAGCUAAGUUCAUGCAGUGUUUUGUUGGUAUUCUAUUUGGUAGUUGUUGUCUCUAGUCCAACAACUGAUCUGCAUAUUUUUUGCAAGUUCACAACAAAUGCAGCCAGUGCGGCUAUUAAGCCGGCUGUGAUCCGUCGUUGUCGUCGUCGGUUCGACUGUGGCUGCGUUUUCGUGUGGGCCUUCGUGGCGAUCAUGCGGGUCAUUGCUGAUACGGAUGAACCACCAGCGAAAUGUUGCAGAUAUUGUGAGGAGUCUACGCAGCACGGCGUGGACGGCGGCCCUGUAUCGUGGCGUUUAACGCUCGAUCAGGAUCUAAUUGAUACGCUCAAACGUAGUUUCCCAACUUGGUUUCAAGCGUCCGCCGGCAGUGACGGCAACAAUACAACAACAACAACCACUACAACAACAGCAGCAGCAGCCGCUGUCUUAAAAACACCGGACGCUUCAAGCACAGAAGCAUCCGACGCAAGCGCAAAACUUCCAACUGCAACAGUUGUCGAAACAAGCAAAUGCAACAGCACAACAAUUAACAGCUACGACAACAACAACAGCACAGCCGCCACAAUUAUAAAUAUCGCAAAGAGCGCCAGUCAUUGUACGACACCCAUUACCGUUGACACAACAAACCAUUUGCAUCAACAACUGCCAUAUCUGCAUCACCACGACCAUCACCAUCACCAUCACCAACAACAACAGCAACACCAUCAUCUGCUGCACCAUAGCAACGGCCACAGCUUGAAGCGACAAAGCAACGAAAACAAAAGCAUUACAUCGCCACAGUUCAGCUGUAGCAGCGGUUACUCAGCAAUUUUAUCCUCCUCCUCAUCGUCCGCCUCGCCUGCGUCGUCGAUAGCAUCGAACUGUUCGGUCGCCUCAUCGAAGAAAUCCACAGCGAGUCACAAGAGUAACAGCAGCAGCAAUAGCAGUAGCAGUAGUAGCAGCAGUUCCUCUUCUUCUUCGUCAUCUUCAAAUUCGUCGAAAUCCUCCACUUCCUCCACCAGCUCAGCAGUAGCCAGCACAAAAUCGUCUACGUGCGCGAAGGCCGCCAACAACGUCGCGUCAAAGACAACAUCCACGAAAUCCGCCAACACCGUUAACGGUGUACAACACAAAUCCGUCAACGCCACCGCGGCCACAGCUGAGACGGGGAAGAAGUGCGCCGUGUCAAAAGCGGCUGUAAAAUCGGCUGUCAAGUCGGUGGUGAAGGCGCGCGAAAAGUCCACAUCAACAUUAUCGGAAGCCGUCGCAGCGCUAGCGACAGCAAACGUGAACACCUCCGUGUCGAAGGCAAUCACCAAAUCCGCAUCGCUGCACUCGCUGAGCAGCUGUUCCGGCGGCUCGGCAUCACUACUGGCAACAUUCUCAUCGCCCGGUUCGACAGCAACCACCGUCGAGCUUAUCUCGAAUACGUCGUGUAACGCGCUCCUGACAGCUACGCAACUGAGUGGCAAAGUGGGCUUCGAGCACACCUUUCAAGACGUCAUACUGUUGCAGGAAGCAUACGACGACAUGUCAGAAGGUGAACAGCGCUUGAAUGCGGCGGCGGCAUCAUUCCUCAGCAGCGGUGGUAUUAGCAGUGAUGACGGUGCAAAUUCCGAUGGCUAUGAUGCGCGGCAAUCGCCGCCGAAGGCGAUUGUCGAUUCCAGUCCGCUGCAGCCGGCGAUGGAUAAAAAUAAAGAAUCGCUUAAAGUGAAAUUAAUGGUGAGACGACCACAUUCACAGCUCGUCGAACAGGGAAUCAUACCACCCUUGAAAACCUCACCCGCCAUACACGAGCAAUGCAAACAACUGGAGCGUGCCAAGACCAGCGAUAUGCUGAAAGCGAAAAUACAGCAGCGUCCCAAUCGCGAAGACUUGGAGCGACGUCACAUAUUGGAGGAGGAUGAGUGUCAUAUCGAUCCGAGCUUGGCGGAGAAACAGCGCAUGCUGAAGAAAGCGCGCCUGGCCGACCAGCUGAACUCGCAGAUACAGCACCGGCCCGGACCACUCGAGCUCAUCAAAAAAAAUAUUUUGCACACAGAAAAACCAAUUGAGAAGAUUGUCAAAGAGGGUUUAGUAUCAUUCAAAGCCACAAGUGAAGGUCUACUAACACGGCCACAGCACCCACAUAGUUACGUGACUUAUGAGGAGGACUCACAGAGCUCAGAAAGCGAUACGCGUCAAACGCCACCACGCGCUGAUGAGCAAACGGCGUGUGACAGCGCUGGUGAUGCGUUGCAAGCAGCUGCUGCUUCGGCAGGUAUAGUAACUGUAGCGCUUACAAUACCUACUAGCAGUGGUCAGGUGGUCGUUACAUCUGCACCACUUGUACAGAGUAGCGCACCAGCGCUGAAAGUUAAUGCAGUGCCACCGCCGCCACCACCACCACCGCCAGCAGUGUCUAUCGCCAGUAGUCUGCAGGUCAAACAAGAGACGGCGAAUCUCUUUGAAGAGCUCUGCCAAUCGGUUGCUGGACCAUCAGCCAGCCCUGGAGGCAGCUUUUUGUCGAUGGUCUCCUCACCAGCUUCGCUUACAUCGACUACUUCAACAUUGAGUCCACUAUCGUCCAUUGCUUCACCACCACAAACUUUGACAUCGCUACCGCCUUUGAGCUGUCAGUUGUUGAAAUCGGAUGCACCAGGCAAGGAAAAGAACAGAAAGAAAUCAAAAUCGAAACCGGCCUGCAAGGCGCGUACAAUUAAAUUUCACGAGUAUAAGGGACCGCCGAAUGCGUCACAGAAGUUGUGUAGUGAAAGUAGUCAACCCGAAGAGACAUCCUACCAACUGAUGUUGGAACAACAGAACUGCUUGCUCAAAUUUCUGGAAACGCUCAACAAGAAUCAGUCUAUCGUGCCAGCAGCCAGUGCCGCAACAGCAAGCACUAGCGCCAUUGGCGCAGCAAAUGGUGGUUUAGUGACGACAGUGGCUAAAUCGAACACUACAGCGGCUACAACAGCAGCAACAUCCACAAAGCUGUCAACUGCUCUACCCUCACCAGCACCAGCUACACCUUUGUCCAACGUCACGGCGGUUAGUGAUGGCGCAAGCAGCACGGUCUCACCGGCUAACUCCACAUUUUCCAUAAUUUCCACGCCACGUCCGCCUCCGUUACUAUCGCCCGCACUUUCGGUCACUUCUUCCAUACCACCGAGUCCGGCCACGAGCUACGCUGAGUCUACAUGCUCCGCUACAGAUAUCUCACGCUUAGAAAAAAUGAAAGUUUCUGAUUUGAAAAUGCAUCUGAAGCGACGCAACCUGCCUGUGUCAGGGCCGAAGCCACAACUAAUCGAACGUCUCAAACCAUACUUACCGCUUGACAUCAGCGAGUGUUCAACAAUUGUGAACACUCCCGCCUCCACAGCUUCUUCCGAGAUGAUUUCCACUGCAGGUGCUGAAGCCAUGGACGUCACCAACACAGCGGUGAGCGCGGAGCAGAAUGUUCCCAUGGUUGUCAAUUCACCACACCCCGCAGCAAUGUCACCGGAACGCCGUAACCUCGAGCAUGAACAAAUGGACAUAGUACAGCAAGUGGACUCACCGCGCCCGGUGCCGUUGCAGACCAUACUACAACCGAAACCGCAGGCCGCAACCAUCAUUUUAACGAACGAUGACUUGGUGCGCGAACAGAAGCGUCAAAUUGAUGAGCUGCAGCGUCAACUCCAGCGCUCACAACAAGAGUUGCAGCAGAUGCGCCAAAAGCAACAGCAAAGCAGCCAUCAACAGAAGCAUUUGUUGCAUCCACAGCAGCAGACGGUGACCGCACAGGUGGUGAAUGCCCUGCCCACACAGCAGAUAACGCUGAUCACCACAACCGCGCCGCACUGCGCACCGCUCGCCGUUCUCCCGCAAAUCAAAGAGAACAUAACGUUGCCCGCCACCAAAGUGGCCACGGUCAAAUCGCAUGCGGCCAAGGCGAAUGCUUCAAAUGCGACGGCGCACAAAGCCGGUGCCAACAACAACACUACGGCGGUGACACCACAAGCGAUGAGUCAGAAAAUGGUCGUGAAACAGCAAUUGGAGGCGAAGAUACAGAAACAAAAGCAAGCAGCUGCUGCCGCAGCGGCCGCAGCACAAGCGCAGGCGCAACAACAACACGCCCAACAAGUGCAAGCCCAAGCGCUGGCACAGGCACAAGCGCAAGCGCAGGCGCAACUGCGUCUACUCACCACCACGCAAAAGACACAAACUUUACUCAUUCCAACCGUGACGGCGGCGCCUGCACCUGCAAAGUUAGACGAGUUGAAGAAGCCGAAUGCGGCGCGUCAAAAGAAUUCCAACAACAACGCUAUGAAUAAGUGCAAUGCAAAUGCUGCCAAUACAAAUAACGCCGCCGCAACAACAACAAUACUCGCGAAUCAAAUACCGUUGACAGCGAAGACGCACAAUAAUCUCGGACUCGUGUGGAACGAAGGCAAUCAGACGAUCUUUCUGGUGGGACUGAACGAUCAGCAUAUGACAGCGCAUACGAUCGGCAAUAUUUCGCUGGCCAAUGCUAGUCCAGCUACAAAGAAACUGUUGAAUGGACAUCAGCGCACGAGUUCAUUGCCGAGCAUACUCUUUCCCAUCGCCACGCCAGCAGGUCACGAGCCGCAGCAUCAGCUGAUCGAGGCGAAACCGGUGAUUACACAACAACAGCUGCAACAAUUGCAACUACAACAACAGCAGCAGCAUCAAUUUCACAAUCGCAUCUUUCCGCACACACAGCAAAUCAUACAGCUGGACAUCAAGCCACACAACCUACCGCCGCCACCGCCACCGCCGCCGCAAUACGAGGAGGCAACCAAGCAGCUGGCUGCCAAAGCACAUCUAUCGCAGAUUAAGAUCAAAGAGGAGCCCAACACGGGACGCAAUACGCCACAUGCGCCCACACACUCGGUGACAACGCAGACGACCAGCAAGCGCAAGAACCCGGUCAAAUCGGAGAAAGUGGCCAAUGUGCUGGACAUACUUGUCAAGCAGGGUGAUCUGCCGGAGAGCGUGUUGGAACCCAUCACACCUGUGACUCCGCUCACACCGGGCGGCAGCAAUGCGCUUAUGACAGACAUGGGCGGUAAUUUGAUAUUCAGCCCCAACACAAACUUGCAAACCGCCGCGGAUGUGCUGGCCGCUUCGGGCGCGCUCGUGCCCAAACAGGAGCCGCGCAGCAGUCCAAUGCCGGAGAGCACCAUGCCCACGCAAGCGAUGGACACAACGCCCAGCGGACAACAGCAGCAGCAACAGUCACAACGUGACAUGGACAGCGUGUUUCAGAUGUUGAGCGGCGGCAGCGAUAUACCGUCUAAUGUCAUCAAUUCACCACUACACAGUGGCUUUAUUGACAACAUCGACAUGGCCUCGCCAUUGCAGCCGGACGCACACAUCGACGCCGAGAGCGUGGCUAAGACAUUGGAUAUAUUCCUGGAGCAACACCAUUCCACACCGCCGCCGCAAUCGUCUACGCCCGGCGCACACUUGCAGCAGCAUCAGUCGCCCACACACCACGACAUGCUGAGCAAGGCGAGCAGUUCACCCGAGAAGGUUAUGUCACACAAUGUCGGCAGUCCGGAUGCCAAGCUUAAUCACUUUGAUGAAUUUGAGCUGUUCGAGUUGAUGUCGCAGCAGUUGGAGAUGGAUAUCGGUGAUGAUGCAAGCAAUUUCACAACGCACGUUGGUGGCGUCGGCGGCGGCCUUAAUCCUGCCCACCAACAGCACUUACAUCAUUCCAGCGGAGAUGGCAAGAGCGUCAAUGGCGUCGACUCGACGGGAGUGGCGGCCAACACACUAAAUGGGCUGCGGCGUGAUAUGAAUCCCAGCUUGCAGCCAUCGAUCAAUGAGCUUAUACAACAGCAAUUGCAACAACAGAGUCAUCAACAAACACAACAACAACAGCAAUACCAGCAAAUGCAACACAACAAUUGCGCACGUGACGUGUUGAGCGCCGCUGACGUGGAUUUCGAUGCCGAGAGCUUUGUGGCGCAACUCGCGCAAGUCACCGAGCAAGAAGGCAUUGCCAAUAAUAACAACAACAAUAAUCUUUCAAACAAUCACAGCAUAUUAAGUGGCAUCGGCGACCACAGCAACGCGGGAAGCCCACUCAACAACCACAACAACAAUGGCAGUGAGCUAAGCAGUAGCGGGGACACCAGUCUCAAUCUGCAUGACAAUGAUGCGCGUACACACAGUCACAGUCACAACCACAGCGAUAAUCACUUCAACGCCACGCCUAUGGAUGUUUGCGAUGAUUUCGACAACCCGCUAGGCUCCUUCAGCUUCUCCGCGUUCUCGCCAGACUCCAACAUCAAUACGCCACCGCAUCCAUUUGGCAGCGGUGACAGUGGCAGCAGUAGCAUGUUGAACGGCGGUUGCAUGGUGAAUGGCGAAACCAAUAUGGGACUGGGCAUCGGCGGCGGCAUGGUGAGUGGCGUGGGUUUGGGUGGUGGCGCUCCCUCCUCGUCAGCGGCCAGCUCUUCGACGUGCGGCAUGCAGGCGAACAACUCCAACUCCAUGGGUAUGGGCGAGCAAAUGUCCAUUUGUGGCCUCAGCGAUGGCAGCACAAUGAUGGGGCUGGGCGGCAUGGGUGAGAGCGCAAUGACGGCGGCGGGUAGCGACAGCUUUGGUACGCCCGGUGACAUCUUAGAUUUGUUCAAUAUCGACGACUAUAAAAUGUCCUGGGGCGAGGGGGAUUUCGCGGUAUAAGCGUGAGAGGGCACCAGGCACCAAUAAAGCUACAAAGCUACAUGGUUUAAAAUUACGAGAGGUCGCGACGCUGGUGUAGAUUGAGUGCGAAUGAAACAUCAUGUUAAUCAACAUCAUUUCCAUAGUUGUUGUAGUUGCUGUAGUUGUUGUUGCAAUUAUUUAAAGUCACCGCUACGCUUUCGGUUGCGGAAGUGUGCGCUCUGACCAACGCGUUUGUGUACAGGAAAUUGAAUUAAUGCUAAUGGCAUUGUGGUGAGCUUUCGCUCCGAGCGGCAGGAUGUGCAUGGUUGCGGUGUGGCCGCAUUAAGGGGAGGGGGCAGUGGACGGCUUUGUGUGCGUGUGCCCGCCUUUAUUAGGCAAUUAUUAUGCGCAUAUUCAAGCGUAAAAUCGCUGUCGUACGAGUGUAGUUGAAGUUUCACAAUCAUAUAACGGUGUUUUAUUGCACAAUUCGCAAUAACAACAACAUAUACAACACACAUUAUCACAGCGCUCUUGGCUACACAAUCAACCAUUAUAUGUACAUAUAUCUACGUGUAUAUAUAUAAACAUUUGUACAUUCGAACUUAUUCCUCUUUUUUCUACAAUUUUACUAUGAUAACUAUCAAACGGAGACCCCCACCUUUGAGAAAAUGCAUUUAAAGUCAAUUUAACAAAAAAAAUGAAAAACAAAAACAAAAACAAAAAACAUUAUGGCGCUCAAUAUGCGAGCGCUCGAAUUUCCAUGUGGAAGCCAAGUCGCUAAUGUGUGUGAAAAUAUUUUUUGAUAAUAGGCCGCGCCGCAUGAGAGGGUGGUAGGAAGCGCGUGUAAGCAGGAGAGUGGGUGUAAGAGAGUAGUGUAACAAAAGUCAUAUAAACAAUUAAAAAAAGAGUACUACGAAGACAUGCAUUGUGAAGUGAAAGUAAUUGAGACCAUUCCAAUAAUAAAAUAAAAUUUACAAAUUUAAAGAAAUUUUUUAGAAGCAAAAAUAAAUAGUUUAGUGUGGUUUUGUGGGCGCUUGUAGGUGUGUGGAAGAGCACAGUUUUGUAAGAGAGUUGCUUUGUUGGCGCUUUAAUUGUUAAAACAAUAAUUUGAAAAACAACAACAACAAUAUAUGUACUUAUUUUUAUAAAGCAAAUUUUCGAAAACAACAUCAAUGAAAAUGCCAAAAAAUAUAUAGCAACAAUAAUGCACUAAAAACAAUAACAAAUUAUUUCAAAAGCGCUACAACAACAACUUCGGAAAAAUAUCGAUAAGCCGUUGCCAUUUAUUCUCAUGCUGCCCAGCUGCCUCCGACAUGCCCCGUACCACUUGCCGUCAUAAAACAGCGCAUGACAACAACAAAAACAUUCUUGUAUUUAAGUUUAAUAUAAAAACACAAAAAAUUAUGAAAAAUUGUAAAUAGUUAAAAGGUGAUUAAAACAAAUAUUUAAUUUAAAUUUUCAAAUGCUAAAGCAAAAACAAAAAAAAUGAAAAAUGACAAAAACAACUACUUCAUGCAAAAACAAAAAAAAAAAAUUUAACUAAAUUACAUGCAAAUACAUACAUACAUACAUACAUAUAUAUUAAAUUUAAUUACUUAAAUGCAUUAAUAAAAAACAAUUAUACUUCGUAAUAAAGAUUAGUAUAGAAAAAACAAAAAAAAAAUGUAAAAAUGAAAUUAAAAUUAUUAUAAAUAGCGGCAAAUGUAAUAGUGAUAAAUUUUAUAAAAUUUAAUAUUUAAAAUCAUGUGAAAAGUAUUUCCUUGGAGGAAAGAAAAAGCCUUUUUUGAAGUAAGUAUUUGCUGUUUUAUUUGGUUUCAAUUUUUGCUUUGGCUUGCAUAAAAUUUUUAGCAAAAAAAUAAAAUGUUUUUUGCACUUGGAAUGCAAAUUAUAUCUAUAAAAAGAAAAAUAAAAAUUUUAUAAAAUGUAAUUAAAAUUAUAAUAAAAUUUUAAAAUUAAAAUAAUAAUUGUAAUUAAAAAAUUUGUGAAAUUAAAAAAAUUGUUGUUACAACAAUUUCAAGGCCAUGUUUAGUUUAGUAUAUGAAAAUAUAUAUUAUAUUUUAUAUAUAAAAACAUUGAAAAAAUUAACAUAAAUUUAGCUGCAGUAAGCAAUUUAAAGUUGAAUUAUGCUAUACACAUGAACAUUUGUAUGAAAUGGUUUAAUGCAAAUACAUUUAUAUUAAAAAUCACAAAGAAAUUAUUAUGUUUAACAUUUAAAAUGCCAAUUAGUUUGUUAAUCUACUAAAUAUUUUACGAAAUUUGAAUAAAGAAUUUUAAUAUUUUCAUUAAAUUAAUAAAAUUUAAGCAAGUAUAUCAUGAUAAGUGUGUGCUUCUACCAAAUUACAACAACAUACAACGUUUUAAAUAUUCAAUAAGCAAAAUAACUGUUUGUAUAUAUUAAAAUGGAAAUUAUUUUAUUAAAAAUAUAAAUACGAGUUAAUCAAAAAAAUUUAAUAAAUUUACAUUUAGUCAUACAAAAGUUUAUUGCUUGCGAAUGUCACACAUAAAAAUGUGCGAAAAAGCGUUUACACUAUAUUUGUAGGGCAUUUGCAGCUUUAAUUGAGAUUUAUUACGCAUUAAAAAUUCAACAGAACACUACUGUGCCACGAAAUAAUACGCAUGCAAGUAAAAUUUCGAAAAGUUACUCACAAAAAAAUAAUUCCGUUUUCAAACACUGAUGCAUAUUUUCAACUAUUAUGAUAUUAAAAAGCAAAAAAACAUAUAUUCUUUAUUUAGCUUAAAUACAUAUAUGAAAUAAAAUAUUAUUAAUACUAUGAUAUUUCAUUAUUUUAUAAUUUAGUGAAACAUUAAUUUACAAAACAAAAAAGAAUAAAAACGAAAAAUAUUAAAAUAAAAACAUCAAAAUAACAACAGAAUUAAUUUCAAAAAACAAAGUACUUAAUAAAAUGCAGUUACAUUUUGUGUUUAAGCAGCACUAAAAACUGCGUACUUAAGUAAAAACUAACUAUAGUUUGUUAUAAAAAAAAUUUGCUUAUGUUUAAAUGAAAGCAUAAAAUACAUUUGAAAAAUAUUUAUUUUUUCUUGCUCAUAAAACAUUCUGUAACUGUUAAGUUUAGCGUAAGGAAAUGCAAAAAAUAAAUAUUGAAAUAAAAAAUAAACUAAAUUUAAAAUAAAAAUAAACUUAAUAAAAAAAAAUAAAAAACGUGCUUAUUUAAAAUAAAUUAAAAAUAUAUAAUUAGUAAUAAUGUAUAUCAUACAAAAGUAAGUGAAAGCGAAAAUAUAUUUGAAUCAAUACAAAUUAACAGUUAUUUUGUACAAUAAGAAAUAACCGAACGCAACUUAAGUUAAGACGCGCUUAAGAUUAAAGAAAAAUGAUAAUAAAUAAAGUAAAAAUAAUUAAAAAAAAAAAAUGCCUAGCAUACAAUUACAAUACCUAACAAUGACGGUCAAAUGUUGUCUGACACGCUAAUACUGUUAUUAAUAUCACAACAGACACACAUAACAUAUAUGCACACAGAUGCAACAUGCCACACUGGAAAUGGCAAAAAUAACGUUUUUAAGCAUAUUCAUUUUUAUUAUUAAUAUUAAAUUAGUGUUUGUAUUGAAUAGGCUUAAAGCUUUUAACAAGAAAAAAAUGUGUAACAUUUUAUUUUAUUAUAAAACACACACACACAUGUUAUUUGCAAACAUUCGCUCCCCUUCUAAUUAAGUGCAUAUGUAUUGUUCGAAAAAACACAUAAUUCAAUUUGUAUGUGGCAGUUGUAGUAUAUAAGUGGAAGUAUAUAAUGCAAAAAGUGAGAUUAACAGUGUUGUGUGUGUGUCUGAACACUGACAGCUUGGCUGUAGCGAAAGUUUUUCACACACACACACCUUUGCACAUGUGACUACUAGUGGCGUACUAACAGUUAAAGACAGCUUAGUUAAUGAUUGAGCUACAUAUUUAAAAAACAGUUAAUAAUAUGAAAUUGAAAAUAAUUUCAUUUUUGCAACAGAGUAAUCGUAUGUCCUCGUAUGUGUAUAUUUCUUUGAAAGUUUUGUUUAAUAAUUACUUUUUUAUAUUUUGUUUUUGUUGUAACAGUAUAAAUAUUUAACUCAAUUUGUCUGAGUGGAAUGGGAAUAUUUUUUAUUAAAUUUUUAAUUAUGGAAAGUCUGAGGUAAUGUUUGAUAUUCGAAAGCAAUAAAAGCUAAACAAAUUUAAUAAUUUAUAAACAAUUUUAGAAAGUGUCAUUGAUUAUAAUAAAAAAAAAAAUUUAUAAAAUUAAUAAAUUUAAAAUAUAUUAAUAUUGUUUAAAAAUAGACCAAAGUAAUUUUAAUAUUAUUUUUUUU